CAAAACAAACACUCAGCCCAUUGUGUGUGAGUGUGUGUGGGGUAGGGUGUGUGUAUGAGUGUGUGUGAGUAAGUGAGUGUGUGUGUGAUUCAGAAUCCACUGGUUAAAUCAUGUGAAUCGGAUUUUUCUCCUCAGCUCGACCUUCGUACCGGGACUUUAACCGCAGGGCAGCGCGGGGCCGGGCCCCGGCUCCCCCGGAUGAGCGUCGUGUUCCGCGGGGUUGUGGUUUGCGGGUAGCGGCGGCUGAAUGGCGGAGCGAAGUUUCACAGGAAAACUUUAACAGAAACUCGGGCUCGGCUCUUCCUCUCAGCGAACCGGAGGAGCAAAGCGGCGCUUUUCCGUCUCUGCGACGAUGAAGAGUUUAAAACAGCGCCUGAAGAAACACGAACUGUCUCCCAGUAGCUCAGAGUGGAGCAAGUAUGACGAGCGUCUGCUGAGAGCAGUGGAGAACGGUGACAUAGACAGAGUUACCGCCACGCUCAAAAAAGGAGCCAUCCCCACCAGACUUGAUGCUGAAGGCUGCUCUGCACUUCACCUAGCUGCCAGCAAGGGUCUAAUAAAUAGCCUCAACGUUUUCCUUGGCCAUGGGGUGAACCUGCACGCAACAGAUGCUUCUGGUAAAACAGCGCUGCAUCUUUCUUCGGGAGGUGGACAUUCAGCGUGUGUGCAGAGACUCCUGCAGUGUAAAAGUCCUGUUGAUAGCACUGAUCUGCAGGGAAGAACAGCUCUGCAUGAUGCAGCAUAUUCAGGUCGGAAUACCAUAAUCAAAAUGCUGUGCGACAGUGGAGCGUCUGUCAGUGCUGUUGACACAGAUGGCCGGUCUCCAUUGUUGCUCGCAGCACAGAUGUCUCAUCCUCGAGCUUGCCAGCAGCUGCUACUCUGUGGGGCAUCAACCAAUCUCCGAGACAAACAAAACAAGACAGCACUGAUCCUGGCCUGUGAGCACCCCUGUCGUGAAGUAGUGGAGGUCUUACUGAAGAACAAGGCAGAUGUUACAGCUGUAGACCUCUACAAUCAUGACCCUCUACACUACGCCCGACUAAGUAAUGACCAGGUCCUGAUUACAAUGGUCCAACAAAUCUUGGAGGCAGCUAGCAAAGCUCAAGAGGCUGCCAAGACUGCACAGAAACUACAGCAGCAGAGGUCAAUGAAUGCUGAAGCUCAAGCUCAUAUGAUGAGGAAGCUGCCCGCACAUGCACCAGUUAAAGUCCCAUCAUCUGGCAUCAGCUGGUCCAGCACAGGAGUUCCUCCACAAAAACUGGAGAAGGUUCCAGCACAGCAGCAUUCUAGAGAACACAGCAGCCGUUCUCCAGAUGGAAAAGAUGAGCCACAGGCUCCUUUGGAAUCUGCACAGGUUAGGCACUUUAGCCCUCAUUCAGCAUCUCCUGCAUCAGUCGUUUUACCUCCCAGACCAGUGGAGGUGAGGGCUGGUGAGGUGAAGGUUCUGAGGAGGGAGCUGUGGCAGGCUAGACGAAGGCUGGAGGCAGCUGAGGAGGAGGUGCUGAGACUGGAUGCGACACUGGCUCUGCGUGCACGUGAGUACGAGGACCUGCGGAGGAACAGCGAGCGUGCCCUGCAGGAGGCGCAUGGCCGGUCCUGGGAGCUGGAGGAGGCGCUUGCGGAGGUGCAGCGCAGGAUGGCUGGUUCGGAAGCCAGGGUGCGGCAGAUGCAGGCCCACUUGGUGACUGUGCGCGAGAACCUGGUGGAGGAGCUAAGAGUGCAGCUUCACGAUGCCCGUACGCACAGGGAGGCGGCAGUGGCCGAACUGGAGAGAACACGGGAGGAACUCGGGCACCACCAGAGGGAGGUAGAGGAGCAGAAGGAACGGAGUGGAGCACUUCUACAGGAGGUUCAAAGACUCACUGAGGAACUGCUAAGCAAAGAUGAGCAUACAAAAGCCCUCAAGGCGAGCUUGGCGAAUUUGGAAGCUCGGAAAGCACAAAUGGCAUGCAAGCACAUUCAGACUCCCUCGGAAUGGCAGCUAAAGUCUUCAAAGACCACAAUGACAGAUAUUACCAGUGAGAUUCUUCAACAAGAAAUGGACAAAAAUAACUACAUCAGCAGAGAUGAGCAUACAAAAGCACUGAAAUCUACUUUGGCUGCUGCAGAAGCUAAAAGAACAGAAAUGGCUUGUAAAAAUGUCCAGACCCCUUCAGAAUGGCAGUCAGUAUCUUCAAAGGCCACCAUGACAGACAUCACUGGUAAUAUCCUUCAGCAGGAGAUGGGCAAAAAUAACUACAUCAGUAUAGAAGAACACAAUGCCAUGAGGAGCUCCCUCAGUGCUGUGCUCCAGCAAGCAGAAAGUCGAGCUCAGGAGGCUCAGCAGAGGCAACAACAGGCCGAACAGGAGAACCUAGGCCUUCUUGCAGAGCUUCAGGAGCAAAAGACAGAGCUGGACACUCUCCAGGAAGCCCUACAGGCAAGGUUUGUGCCUGUAGCACUGCUGGAGGAGAAGGAGAGGGAGCUGUCCCUGCUCAGGCUAACCCUGAAAGAGAUGGAGAAGAGCAAGGACAAGAAACAGAACUUUGGGAAAACUCAUAAGAAGCUAGAGGACACCAGGAAUCCCACCACUGUUAAAUCUCAGAAUCAGCAAGUGUCUCCGAACAGAAGAGAAUCGUCUCUUAGUGGAACUCCGGAAGAAACCUCCGAAGGACAGCAAAAGGAAGCAGAGUCUGCUGUGGAAGCAGAGACCCAGAGGGAAAGUCAGGUCAGCUCAUCAGCAUCCAGCCGCCCCUGCAGACUCCAGCAAUCAGAGAGCAGCACCCUGCAGGCACACAUUAAUAGCCUGCAGCAGCAGCUAGAGGACUCUGAAAGGCGGUAUAGACGAGUUCUCGAUAUGUACCGUACACGUCUUCUGAAUGCUGCACAGGGUUACAUGGAUGAGGAGGCCAGGAUGGCACUGCUUCAGAUUGCCCAGAUGAGACAGGAGUGUGUGUAUUGAUCAUCACGUGUGGACACGCCUGUCUGAAUAUGCGUUUCUGUGUGCACUAAUACACGUGAGCACUGAUUAAGUCCUGUGGAGUACGUUUACGUUUAAAGGCACAUCUGGAACAUCAGUGAACAACGAUGAUCCAUGUAAUUUAGAUCGCUGUUGGAUUUAGUCAUGAGUCAUUAAUUAAGAGAAACAUUUAGAUUAGAUUUGUAUUGUAAAUUUGUUUUUUUACAGUCUGUACAUUUCAUACAUACAUGCCUCACUAAUGCGUUUUUAUGUACCUGGUGUCCAAUUAAUUAAUCCAAUUAAUGAUUGAACUAAUCAUAUUAUAUACAGUAUAAUACAAUACUGUAUGUAUUUUACUGUAUGUAUAAAGUUUGUAUGUAAGUAUAAUGAUGUGUAUGAGUAGUUACUCUACAACUAAUACAACAAAUAUAAAAAAAAGGAUUUAAAAUAUGUUCCCUUUUGAUGAUUUUCUUCAAAGCAAAGCCAAGUCCACAGUUAAUAUGUGAACCGUAUGUCAUUUCCAUCACACUGACAGACCUUUGGGGAAUUCGUCAGAUCCAGUCACGGUGUUUGAGUCAGGUUUCUUAAUCAUAGGUUUGUUUGAUGUGUUUCGUCAUGCUGCUGCUGGACAUGCUGAAGGAACUGGACUGCCCUCUUGUGGCUCGUGCUACAAACCUGUUUACCUUUUAGUAAGGAGGGAAGUUUUUACAUUCCUGUAAUAAAUAUCAUGUUUUAGUUUGAUGUCAAACCCACCUUUAUACAUCAGUACAAUCUGGAGGGUCUAGCUUUAAAGUGGCGUGUAGUCUGGAGAUGCUCAACAUUUUUGUAAUAUGUAUUUUUUCAAGAGUAAUGGACUCCUGUAAGAAGGAUAACAGUGUUUUUGCACAGUCAGUUAAAUUUACUCCCUUGACCGCCCCCCUCACCCCAGUAAUAAAAAGAAAAAAGUUUGUAUGGUGUCUUUUCCAGCUCUCUUGUGGUUAACCCUCUUAGACGUUCUCCAGAACCUCUCCCCAUAUGGUGUUCAUUUAAAGUGUAACCAGAGAAAUGAUGCUUGUAGCCUCGCACUCACCUUGGCGCAGUCAUUCAUCUGCACUUUUAUUUCUGUUAAUAAGAUUUAUUUUCUACACCGGCCUGGGGUAGCACUAAGCUCUGCGCCUACUCUCACACCUGUGUGUGUUUUCCAUUCCGCAGCUGAAUGGAGUUAUUGUGGCCAAUGUGGUUUGAUUCAUUUUCUUGGACGGGGCUUCCGCACUGUAGCUACACUCUGUGAAAGCAUGUGAUAUUCAGAAGAAGCGUUUGGCAGGGGGAGUGUGUUUUAUUUUACUGAAGGCUGGAGAUUUUCUGCAGGAAAAAGAAACUUAAUACGCCAUUUAACUUUGAAGCCAAGCCAACCACAUUCCCCCCUCCUCCACCCCUUCACCUCAAUUUGUUCAGUUGAGACCCACUUCCAUGCUCCAGCCAUUAUUUAGAGUCCUGGUUCAAAUUUAAAAGGAGAGCAAACCACAACAUGGGUUUCGAGUUUAGUUCUUUGUGGUCUGAUCUGUCUAAGCUGUUCUCAGUAAUUAUGGUGAACGCCUUUUCAGCGUGCCUGGAGAUUUGCCUUUAAUCAGAUUUCCAGUGCAGUAACCAGAACCACAUGGCUGAUUUUGGUUUGGUUUUGCUCAGUGUGCUUAAAGAUCACAACGUGGCACUUAACAGCCCCCUAACAAGUGCUGGCUGUAAGUAGCUCCGCCUUUUCUUCAGCGGAUUUUGAAGGGUUGGGACUUCACUCUGUGCUGUUCCUCUCCGGCUUUCUCCACUCAGAACUCUUUAAAGUAGUGAAUUUUCCCCUCUAACUCGAAACACAUGAGAUAUACAUGCCUGUGCCAUUCCAGAUCCGUCUUGUUUUACUUUGAGAAAUUUGAGGACAAAGUUGUUUUUUCCUGCUCCGAUUAUGAAAUCAGUGGGAUUAUUGUUUUCCCCAGAUUGUUUUGCAUUUCUAGGUAUUAGCAUGGUCUAUCAACUUAAAGGAAUAGUUUGGCUUUAAAUCAUAUCUUCUCAAUUUUCUCUCACCCCAGUCUAGG